AUGUUUCCUGACGCGUCGGAGAGCCCCAGUUUGAAGGACUCCAUCGCGUUCCUGCUCAAUGACUCGUGUGUCGGGCCGGGUCUGUGCAGGAACAGCUCGGGUCCGCUUAACCCCCCGUUCCUGGUCGAUGCCUGGCUCGUGCCCCUCUUCUUCGCCAUUCUCAUGGUGGUGGGGCUCGCGGGCAACUCACUGGUCAUCUACGUCGUUACCAAACACAAGAAAAUGAGGACUGUCACCAACUUCUACAUCGCUAACCUGGCCACCACUGACAUCAUCUUCCUGGUGUGCUGCGUGCCCUUCACCGCCGCUCUGUACCCACUUCCCAGCUGGAUCUUCGGGGAGUUCAUGUGCAAAUUAGUCAAUUACAUCCAGCAGGUUUCUGCCCAAGCGACGUGCGUGACACUGACAGCGAUGAGUGUUGACCGCUGGUACGUGACGGUGUAUCCACUGCACUCCCUGCGACAGAGAACUCCUCAAGUCGCCGCCACAGUGAGUCUGGGGAUCUGGAUAGGCUCAUUCUUGGUGUCCAUCCCAGUCCCCAUGUACCACCGGAUAACCAAAGGGGAAUGGUUCGGACCACAGACCUACUGCACUGAACACUUCCCCUCCAUCUCCCACGAGAAAGCCUUCAUCCUCUACAAUUUCCUGGCGGUCUACUUGCUCCCCCUAGUGACCAUCUGUGUGUGUUACACCGCCAUGCUAUGCCAGAUGGGGCGCCCCACUGUGGAACCAUCUGACAACAACUAUCAGCUGCAGUUGCUGGCGGGGCGCUCGGAGGCGAUGAGAGCCAAGAUCUCCCGCAUGGUGGCUGUGAUGGUGCUUCUCUUUGCCCUCUGCUGGGGCCCCAUCCAGCUCUACAUCCUGGUGCAGGCCUUCAGCCCCAGCUUUGAGCGUGACUACUACAUCUACAAGGUGAAGAUCUGGGCUCACUGCAUGUCCUACACCAACUCCUCUGUCAACCCGAUUGUGUACUCCUUCAUGGGAACUAACUUCCGCAAGGCCUUCAAGAAAGCCUUCCCCUUCAUAUUCAAGCAGCGCAUCGCGGCCGCCAACCUUCCCCAGGGCACUGCCAACGCAGAGAUGCACUUCAUCUCCUCUGGAUCUCAGAUUGCACCCACGAGCCAGGAGUAAGUGGACCACCUGAGGCUACCCCUAGACCCUGCUAAUGUGGCCCAUGGAAUCGGAGGCUGUAGUUAAGUUGCACUGUUAAGUAGUGCAUUCUUUUUAAGAAAUUGGAGCACCACAGAAACCAAUGCUGUGAGUUUGUUUUAUGACAAAGAGACCAGCAGGGAUUACAUAUACUAGUGUACCCUAUUAUUUUAUUUUUCCCCAUGUCCAAUAAUGUUCCUCCUGCCAAUUUUGCCUAAUCUGCAGGAGUGCCAGGGCCAAUACGACGCUUCCUGUGGAAUCCCCGGCAACAACCAGCAGCUUCAUACAUGCAAGACACAAGUCUGCACUGCCGCGGCUGUGCUUUUACCAGGUGAGCCACGCAG